AUGUCGCUUCCGGCCUCUGACAGCGUCAACAUGCCGAUCACCCCAUUGCAAGCUGCAGAGUUGCCCAAAAGACCUCGCAGUCCUAAUAUUGAAAAUGGGGGCGGCAGCAUGGACGACGGCCAAAAAUCCAAAAUACCCAAACCAGACUCUAACACCCCCGUCGAUACGAGCUCUGAAUCAGACGUCUCUUCCGAAGACUCUGACACGUUUAUGAUAGACGAGCUUGCACUGAAAGAAAUUGCAUUUGAAGAGGCCGACGAGUCGGAACCGCCUUUCGAAGAAAUGGAUUACUUUGACCGGGACUCGCCUCCGCUGAUGACCGAUAUCAAGAUCACCAAAAACGUUUGCUCGUACGCCAGAAGCUUCCUCAAGUCGCGCGGAUUUGUUGAAUUUCUGGAAAAGACCAUACCUGUGGACCCUUCGCCUCAAGAUAUACUACACGUCACCGGUAUGCUUGGCUAUGCGCCUAGGUACGAGAGUCGCUUUUACAGAAAUCAGGACCGGACAGAGGAGUUCAUGCAAAAAUGCAUUCUUUUUAUGCAGAAAGCCAUGAACCGGGUGUUGAAGAUCCGCACAAGACUCCCGAGCUUCCACAAGAUCGAGCACGUCAAAAAUGCGCUAGAAAAUGCACAAAACAUCCUAGUGCUUACAGGUGCAGGAAUAUCCACCUCUUUGGGAAUUCCCGAUUUUAGGUCUUCGCAGGGUUUCUACGCCAGGAUGAAGCAUCUUGGGCUCGACGAUCCGCAGGACGUCUUUAGUCUGGAGGUCUUCAAACGGUCCCCGGAGGUGUUUUACUCGAUCGCACAUAUGAUUCUGCCUCCAGAAGCCGCUUACACACCGCUCCAUGGCUUUAUCCGUUUGUUGCAAGACAAAGGGAAGCUGCUGCGAAAUUACACGCAAAACAUCGAUAAUUUGGAAGCCAACGCAGGGGUGCUAAAAGAAAAGAUUGUUCAGUGCCACGGCUCAUUUGCAACUGCCAGCUGUAUUACAUGCAAAUACAAGGUGCCUGGAGAGACUAUUUUUGGGCAUCUCAGACGCCAGGAAAUCGCGUACUGUCCCUUCUGUGAGCAGGAAAGAAAGAGCCUGCUUGCCCAGCUGGACAAGAUGGAGGACGAAGGCGUUUACUCGCGAAAAUUCGAGUACGUGAGCUCUUUCGGCGUGAUGAAGCCUGAUAUUACAUUUUUCGGAGAGGACUUGCCGGAGCAAUUCCACACCACUAUCAAGAGCGAUAUCGAGAAAUGCGACUUGCUGAUCUGCAUAGGGACGUCACUGAAAGUGGCGCCAGUCAGCGAAAUUGUCAACCUUGUUCCAAAUCAUGUCCCGCAAAUCUUGAUCAACAAAGAUCCUAUCUACCACUGCGAGUUUGACGUUGACAUCCUGGGGUACUGCGACCACGUAAUCACUUAUCUCACGGGCAAGGAGCUGGGAUGGCGAAUCAACCACAAGGACUUUGACAAGAUCCUGAACUCUGGUCUGGAACUGACUGUGGUCGACGAGGCAGCAGGCUGCUACGAGGUGACUGACGAGGAGACGCGCAAGAAGCUAGACGCUGAGCUAGCGGAGCCUGACGAGGAGGAUACCCAAGCUAGCGAAUGA